AUGGGGGUGGACAGACGGCAGAGAGCCUCGGCAGCCCUCUCGCUCGGCUUCAUCUCUUUAAUCUUGUCUAUCACAGCCUUCAGCAGCAGCUACUGGUGUGAAGGAACGCAGAAGGUAGCCAAACCAUUCUGCAGCAAACUCGCAGGUGGGACCCACUGCAUUCGGAUUAACAGCCCAGGUGGGAAUGACAGCAGCGUGGUUCAGUACAUCUGGGAGACAGGAGACGACAAGUUUGUGGAUCGAAAGUUUCAUGCCGGCAUUUGGCAUUCUUGUGAAGAGAUGAUCAGUGAACACGGUGAGAAAUGCAGAAGUUUCAUCAGCCUGAUACCCCCAGCAGUUCAAGGAGUUCUAUGGUUGUCCAUUGCAGCAGAGAUCCUCUAUAUUAUUUUACUCCUGAUGGGCAUCACUCUCAUGUUGAUUGAAAUCUGUCAUUCCAUCAGUGUCCUGGAUGGGCUGAAGCUUAAUGCAUUUGCUGCUAUAUUCACUGUUUUAGCAGGUCUCCUUGGAAUGGUGGCUCACAUGAUGUAUACCACCGUAUUUCAAAUGACAGUAAAUUUUGGCCCAGAGGACUGGAGGCCUCAAAUGUGGGAUUAUGGCUGGUCUUACUGCUUGGCGUGGGUUUCCUUUGCCUGCUGCAUGGCUUCCUCUGUGACCACAAUGAACAGAUACACAAAAACUAUUUUGGAAUUUAAAUAUAAACAGAAGAAACUGGAGAGAAGUCUACAAGCUAAAUCCAAGCCUCCUGUUCCAGAAAAGGCUUGGAAGAUGUAUGUUGACACCCUCCAGAGCACAAACGAGGACUUCAUGCAUCCCUUAACAGCUAUGCACAACCCAUCCAGUCCUAUGGGAUUUGCAGAGUUAAAUAAUAUUCCGGUGGCACAUUGUGAAGAAUAUUGCUAAGAAGGAGAUCCAGGAUUGUUGAUUUUGUUUUGUGUUAUGGAAAGUACCAAUGUAUGUAUGUUGCAUUUUUCUUUUGUAUGUUAAGAAUAGUGGUGAUGACCUGCAAAAGAAACACUUUGGAGAAAAGUCUUUCUAAUUUGGGAUGUUCUCUUUUGCUUUGACAGCAUAGUUAGGUAGAGAGAUUGAUAGCAUAACCCCAUGCAGGUAUCCUCAGAAAAAAAUUCCACUGGUUCCAGUGGGACUUACAAUUCAUUGGCACAGGCAGGUUGCGCCAACAUGAGUAUGGAUCAACAACCAUUUCUUGAAGAUCUGCUAAUAUCAUAUCUAUUGAUAGCUUCCUCUAUCCACACCAGCCCACCAGGUAGGUAACUUCUGCCUGUCUUUCUCUGCUGUGCAUUGAAAGUAAUGGUUUCCGACUUGUGCUGGCACAACAGCAGUGUCAGCUAUAUCAGUUGACCUCAUUUCAUUGUUGGCACAUGGUUCCACUCUUGUUGGCUACCACUUGCUAUUACAGGAACCUUUUUUUUUUAUCUGCUCAUUGACACUGCCUUCCAUGGCCAUUUGUGCUAGGCUGCCAAUCCAUUUCUGAAGGGACCUCAACCAGGGGACCUGUUGGUUUUUUGCACUGUUUUUAUUCAUUUCAU